UUAUCGUCAUCAUUCGACAGCACUGCGUCAAGCUUACUGCUGGUUAUCAUUUCUGUCUUCAGUUAGCUUUCUAAACAAAACACAUCUACCUAGUUCUCUAAAUUGACUCUAUUUUGUACAAUGAACGUGUAUGCCGUCUGUCGGAUGUGCAUAUCCGAAAAACUACGAAUGCGGUCAAUUUUCCUCGAGUACGGUCAUUGCAACAUGAUAGAAAUUAUCUCUGAAGUUCUGCACCUAAACAUCUCCGACGACGAUGGUUUGCCUUCUAACAUCUGUAAGCCCUGUGCCAACACACUGCUCAAGAUGCAGGAUACCAUAAACACGUUUCGACAGAACGAUCAGAAGCUCAGGACCUUGAUCUUUAGUAACGAUGCCGGUAGCGAAAAAGUCGAAGGAUGUGGAAACAAUUCUAAUUUAGAUGCGGAACUGAUAAAGAUGCCAGCUGCAGAACACGUAAAUAUGGUAAUCAAGGAAGAAUCCAUUGAUAUUUUGGAUGUUGCUCCGCCGAACAAUGAGUUUGUAUUGUGUGACGAUGCAAAGGAUGAACCAAACACUGCUGAAGCUGAAGCAAUCACGGAAGAAUUACAUCAGCCUCAAUCACCACGAAUAGCAGUCAAAAAAAGGCGAGCUCACGACCCAGAAAAAAUGUCACGGAAGCAGCUGAAAAAUCUUCCAGGAAGGCCACGCCUGCAUGAUCACAAGUGCUACAUAUGUAACGUCGAUCCGUUCGAUUCCUCUAAGGCUCUGCUAGAUCAUCUGACCACUCAUCAGGAAAUGGUUCCCUCAACGUGUACGAGCUGUGUAAUGGAAACGGUGGUCCUUAAAAAUGCUCGCGCCCUCAACAAUCACAAGAAGAUGCACGCACAACCCCUCAAAUGUGCGUACUGCGAUCGGCGAUACUGUGACAACACCGCUCGGGACAUCCACGUGCAAUCGUAUCACAUGGGUGAGGGGGCACCCUGUCCUUCACCGUGUGACGAGUGCGGAAAAAUAUGCCGAUCCCAACUGGCGCUCAAAAAUCAUCUUCGAGAGCAUAAAACGCAUCUCCCGUGCACCAAAUGUGAAAAGGUUUUUCACAAGCCCAGCAAACUGAAGAUGCACAUAGCUCGGGCCCACGAAAACAAGGAUCGAUACAAAUGCGAAAUUUGUGAUUCCGUGAUCACCUCCCUCGAAGGUUAUAAUAUUCACCUGAAAAAGCAUGGCGAACGGCAGUAUGAAUGUGAAGUCUGUCACACCAAAUUUCAUAGUGUAGCGAACCUUUGCACUCAUAAAAAGAUUCACGAAAAAAACGACAACUAUCGGAGACCUAAAGACUGGAAGGAUCAAUACACUGUAAGUUACGACGAAGACAAAACUCGCUACCUUCGAUGUCAUCAUUGUGGCAAAACCGCGGCUUGCACAGCUAGUGCUAUGGUCAUGCACAUAAAGAAACAUUUCAAGACUAUCGAAUGUGAAUUGUGUGGGGUGAAAUUCUCCACCAAAGAGAAGAUUCGGGUACAUAUGUCGGUGCACACCAAGGAGCGUAAUUUUCGGUGUGAGUUUUGCGGGAAGGACUAUCUAUGUCGGUCCAAUCUGAAACGGCAUAUCCGGACGGCGCAUAAAUCGAAGGAGAAUCUGUAGAUUUCUGUGGAAUCAUUCAACGCUGCGAAUAGGAGACACUUCGUAAAAAUGACUUGCUUGUG